AGAGCAUAAACUAUUGAGAAAGAGAAAUUUACAAAUAGGAAAAGUGAUAUGUUCUUGACUUACGUAAAUACUCCAAAAAACCCUCAACGCUUGUGAACUAAGGAGGGUAAAAGCUAACCAAGCAGGACUCUGAUUUUGUGCUUUGGCGUCCGCGGGCGGGUGCGGGCUUGCCGCCUCCCCAACACUCCCUCGGGGAACAUUCUUGGGCAGAGACCAGCCCUGCUCGCGGUGGGAACCCCUGGCUCCCAGGGGGCGUCACCCCGCGGCUGGGACCGGGGAGCAGCGCCGCGCAUCUGUUGCACACGCGCAAGGCUGGAGCGGGCGGGUGCGGGGACCCUCGGCCGCAGCGGCUCAUCCCAGGCAUUGGGGAAAUAACCCCGCGGAGGCCGAGGGUCCCGGCCCGGCGGUCGCAGCCAGGAUCCCGCACGGACGCCCCCCAGGUCGACAAACGGACCCGCGCGUCGUGGGGCCGCGAGCAGCCCAGCCCCGGUGAGCGCCGAGCUGGGAACCGCCGCGUCUCAGUGACAGCGAGGACAGAGAAGUAGCAUGGCAUGAAACAUGGCUCAGUUCUAUUACAAAAGAAACGUUAAUGCACCCUACAGAGAUCGCAUCCCGCUAAGGAUAGUCCGGGCAGAAUCGGAACUUUCGCCAUCAGAAAAAGCCUACUUAAAUGCCGUGGAAAAGGGAGAUUAUGCAAGUGUCAAGAAAUCCCUAGAGGAAGCUGAAAUUUAUUUUAAAAUCAAUAUUAAUUGCAUUGACCCUCUUGGAAGGACCGCGCUCCUCAUCGCAAUCGAAAAUGAGAACUUGGAGCUCAUUGAACUACUGUUAAGCUUUAACGUCUACGUUGGAGAUGCUCUGCUACACGCCAUCAGGAAAGAAGUCGUCGGGGCCGUUGAGCUGUUACUGAACCACAAGAAGCCCAGUGGGGAAAAACAGGUGCCCCCCAUUCUCCUCGAUAAGCAGUUCUCAGAAUUCACCCCGGACAUCACCCCGAUCAUCUUGGCAGCCCACACCAACAACUACGAGAUAAUCAAACUGCUGGUGCAGAAGGGCGUCUCGGUGCCCAGGCCGCACGAGGUCCGCUGUAACUGCGUGGAGUGCGUCUCCAGCUCGGACGUGGACAGCCUCCGCCACUCCCGCUCCAGACUCAACAUCUACAAGGCCUUGGCCAGCCCCUCCCUCAUCGCCCUGUCCAGCGAGGACCCUUUCCUCACAGCCUUCCAGUUAAGUUGGGAGCUCCAGGAACUCAGUAAGGUGGAGAAUGAGUUCAAGUCGGAGUAUGAGGAGCUGUCACGACAGUGCAAGCAAUUUGCCAAGGACCUGCUGGACCAGACACGAAGCUCCAGAGAGCUGGAGAUUAUCCUCAACUACCGAGAUGACAACAGUCUCAUCGAAGAACAGAGUGGGAACGAUCUCGCCAGACUGAAGUUGGCCAUUAAGUACCGCCAGAAAGAGUUUGUGGCCCAGCCCAACUGUCAGCAACUGCUGGCCUCUCGCUGGUACGAUGAGUUCCCAGGCUGGAGGAGAAGACACUGGGCGGUGAAGAUGGUGACGUGCUUCAUCAUAGGGCUGCUUUUCCCUGUCUUCUCCGUGUGCUACCUGAUAGCUCCUAAAAGCCCGCUUGGACUGUUCAUCAGAAAGCCGUUCAUCAAGUUCAUCUGCCACACAGCGUCCUACUUGACUUUUUUGUUCCUGCUGCUGCUCGCCUCUCAGCACAUCGACAGGUCAGACCUGAACAGGCAAGGUCCGCCACCAACCAUCGUCGAGUGGAUGAUAUUACCGUGGGUCCUGGGUUUUAUAUGGGGAGAAAUUAAACAAAUGUGGGAUGGUGGACUUCAAGAUUACAUCCAUGAUUGGUGGAAUCUAAUGGAUUUUGUGAUGAACUCCUUAUAUUUAGCAACAAUCUCCUUGAAAAUCGUUGCAUUUGUAAAGUACAGUGCUCUUAAUCCACGAGAAUCUUGGGACAUGUGGCACCCCACUCUGGUGGCUGAAGCUUUAUUUGCUAUCGCAAACAUCUUCAGUUCCCUGCGCCUGAUUUCUCUGUUUACCGCAAAUUCUCACCUGGGGCCUCUGCAGAUAUCUCUGGGAAGAAUGCUGCUGGACAUUUUGAAGUUUCUGUUCAUAUACUGCCUUGUGUUGCUAGCAUUUGCAAAUGGCCUAAAUCAGUUGUACUUCUAUUAUGAAGAAACAAAAGGGUUAAGCUGCAAAGGCAUACGAUGUGAAAAGCAGAAUAAUGCAUUUUCAACGUUAUUUGAGACACUCCAAUCCCUGUUUUGGUCCAUAUUUGGGCUCAUCAAUCUGUACGUGACCAACGUUAAGGCUCAGCACGAGUUCACGGAGUUUGUCGGUGCCACCAUGUUUGGGACGUACAACGUCAUCUCUCUGGUUGUCCUCCUCAACAUGCUAAUAGCUAUGAUGAAUAAUUCUUACCAACUUAUUGCUGACCAUGCAGAUAUAGAAUGGAAGUUUGCACGAACCAAGCUGUGGAUGAGUUACUUUGAAGAAGGCGGUACUCUGCCUACGCCCUUCAAUGUCAUCCCGAGCCCCAAGUCCCUCUGGUACCUGAUCAAAUGGAUGUGGACACACCUAUGCAAGAAAAAGAUGAGAAGAAAGCCAGAAAGUUUUGGAACAAUAGGGAGGCGAGCUGCUGAUAAUUUGAGAAGACAUCACCAAUAUCAAGAAGUUAUGAGGAACCUGGUGAAGCGAUACGUCGCCGCGAUGAUCAGAGAUGCCAAAACCGAGGAGGGCCUGACCGAAGAGAACUUUAAGGAACUGAAGCAAGACAUCUCCAGCUUCCGCUUUGAGGUCCUGGGGUUACUUCGAGGAAGCGGCCUGCCCGCCGUGCAGGCGGGGAAGGAGGCCUCCCACCCGGCCGACCCGGGCGAGAGGAGCGACGGCGAAGGGGGCGCCAGGGACAAGCGGCGGAACCUGAGCCUCUUCGACCUGACCACGCUGAUCCACCCGCGGUCGGCAGCCCUCGCCUCCGAGAGGCACACGGUCAGCAACGGCGCGGCCCUGGUGGUGCAGGAGCCCCCCAGGGAGAAGCACCGGAGGCUGAACUUCGUGGCGGACAUCAGGAACUUCGGGUUGUUUCACAGACGAUCCAAACAGCACGCGGCCGAGCGGAGCGCACACCCAGUCUUCUCCGUCUCCGGAGAGGUGGCCCGGCGACAGGCGGACAGGCGGCCCGAGAGGGGCAGCCAGCUGGACUCUGCAGGGUUCGCCCCCCGGGGGGACCUGAGCAUCCCUGGCCUGGGUGAGCAGUGCAUCCUCGUCGACCACCGAGAACGGAGCACGGACACCCUGGGUCUGCAGGUAAGCAAGAGGGUGUGUGCGUUCAAGUCGGACAAGGAGGACACGGUCCCCAUCAUACCCAAGGAGAAGCGUGCGAAGGAAGGGGACUCCAGCCUGGACUAUCACGUGGCGGACACGGUCACCCACGGAGAGUACGUGACCACAAGACUAUGACACUUGAAGGAGAAAGCGGUCAUCAUCCUAUACAUAUUUUCCAUAGUGGUCUGGGUGGGGGGUGGGGGGAUGUUUAAAAAGUAAAUUUGCAAAUGCUGACUUACACUUUAUAGCGUUCAUCCACAGCGUUAUAUUAACAUGUAACAUGUUUGGAUAAGGCGAAGGCUACCAAAAACUCUUCGUGGCCUGCUUUGGCUUCCACAGAUUGUUUCACAGUUUUUUUUUGGUUGAUAAAUAAAAACGCACCUCAUAUUCUUGUAUGGUUGCAAUGACCCACAGGAAAUUUUUAGCUAUCUUUUUCAUAACGAAUGCAACUGGUUCCAUGUGGUAGGUGACUCCUAUUAUAGAUAUUUUUAUAUGUAAAACAUAAUGUAGCUGAUUAGAGCUUUUCAUAAUUUUUUAGGGUCUUGAAAGAUGGUUACUUAUCAAGGACUUUCACUCGAUCCUACCGUUUAGCUUUAAAACACAAAUAAUACCAAAUUCUUUCUUAAGUAUGUGUACAGACAGUACACCAUUAGAACAAACAUGGAGACAUGAACAAAUCCUCUUAAAAUGGAAGAAAGGUAUACUUUGUAGAGUUCUAGGAUGCCCACGUUUUCCUCUCAGUAAGUAAAAGAAAUGUCUGACAUAAUACAUUUUGAUGAUUGAUAAUUUUUUAUAACAUUUUGUCAGAAAAAAGUUUAAGUUUUUUUUUUUAAUGAACUUUUCAGGUUCAACUGCUCAUCAGUGUUAAUGUGAGGCUUUAUGAAACAUGGAAGUUCAAGAAUAUGGCAAAAGUUGUCAAUGCUAAAACGGAAUAACAAUAAAUUAGAAUAAUUUAAGUACCUUACAAAGUGAGAUGAUUGCAUACUCAUAACAUCCAGAUGAAAAUGAAUUCAUUCAGACAGUCUAAAUCCAAAGUUAAAUUCUGUUUUUAAGCAGGGCAAUACUGUUGCCAGUUCAAAAGAAGUCCAAAAACCUAGUAGUUUCCUCUUCUUUCUCUACUGACUGAUUUCUUUAAAAUUAAAAUCCACCAAAAAAUCAUUAUUAAUUUUAUUAAUAGAUAUAGAUAUGUAGUUUUCCCCACAGGGACAACAUUCUCUAGUUCUUGUUUCCUCUGUUGUUUUCAAUAUAGUUAACUUCAUUAUACUCAUUUGCUGAGCUACUAGAAGGAAACUGUUUUCACCUGAUAUAAAAAAGGCACUGGCAACUUUUUCAAGCUGAAAUUAUAUAACCUGUAUCUAUUUAAGCCACCAUGGAAACAGAACUCGCCUCACACAUGCCGUUAGUAUUUAUUUCAAAUCCAUAGAAAUAUGCUGAGUUCAUUUUGCUGCAAAAAUUACCUCCAUGGACUAGACAGAUUGGACAAGAUUUAGCAUAUUGACUAUAAAGUGCAUCGUGUCACAAAACCUAGUUUCUCACUGCCAAACACCAAAAGGAGGGAACAGCAACGACAGUGCCCAGCCUCUGCUCUCUGUGUUCAGCAUGUGAACCGCUCGGAACAACCACUUGAAGUAGUGACUGUUCUUCUCCCCACUUUAUAGGUGAAGAAACAGGUGAACCCUAACUAGGCUGAGGUUCACAGCUAGCGAUGGAGCUGUAAUGUGUCCAGGGCCACGGCUUUAGCCCCAGUACUGAAGAGCCUCUCAGAACAGAACCAGACCAAGCAAAAAACAUGUGCACAUGUAGGCAUUAUUCUUGCCACUCCUGAAAUGCUGUAUUUUGAGUGAGAAUAAGUUUGGUAAAUGACCUAAGUUUGUGUUCCUUCUUGUGAAGCAAGAAGAACAUGCAGAAUUCAAGGUGUGAUGUAUUUGAUUCUUUAGAUUCAAUUACAUUAUAGAAGUUAGUAGAUUUUAAAAAAACAUAUUUGAUAUGAGAUAUCACUGUUCAGCUUGACAUGCUGGCUUUUAGCGUUCAGAAAAGCCAGAGACUCUGAGAUGUGGCUCAUUUCUCACUAUGGUUUGUCUUAGGAUUUAGAAAUGGGCUGGGUAGGUUUGAAGAACUACAACAGCUCAGUAAAUGUCCUUUAUGCUUUAAGCACACCUUUAUCUCAAGUACAUUGGGACUCAGAAUUAGUCCUGGGGAUAGCGAAAUUCUCAAAUUAUUCUAAAUUGGACAUACAGUAGUGGGGGAAUUGUAUGUCUCAUCUCAGUACUUGGGAUGUUUUCGAUGAUUCCUUUUUUUCUGCCUCUGGGUAUUUUUUGCAGUUAUUUUUCUUUGUUUUUUCAAAGUAAAGACCAUAUACAUCAGCAUUACAUAUACUUAACCAGAAUUUAAUCUCAAAUGUUCUCUGUUUCUACAAAUAACACCACCAAUAAAAGCGACAACGGUUUUUUGCCCUGGGAGCUUAUUUAUAUCAGGAGUUUGGGUGCUGACACUUUACAGGUGAACACAGUGGUUAACGGGGAUUUGAAGCCAGGAACACCCUGCUUUUCAGUGUUCGGAAAAGGAUGCUUUCUAACAGUCCUCAGAUGACACUGACAGAUGCAUUUAUGAGUUUGAAGAAAGUACUGGAUACUGUUAGAACCAGAUGUCCUAGAAUCGAAUAUUAUUCUAAAUAUGUAGUGAUACUAGGUAGCAUUAAUGAAGAGAAACAGUAGGGGAAGAAUAAUAAAACAGAACAACAGCACGAUUGCAAGUGAAGGAAUGAUGUUUUCUGAGAUCCUUAAGUGAGUAAUUGGGGUCUCUUUCCAUUUCUAUCUACAUUUUAUCAACAGAAAUUCUCAAACACCAAAGAGAGAACUGGCAUCACACCUUCCUGUGACCCUUGCCCCCCUGAUACUGCUGAUGCUCACCUUCAUUUAUUUACUUUUUCUUUUUUUGCCAGGGUUGGGUGGAAGACUGUCUAGAAAAUUCAGUUUAACUUGAAAAGAAUUAGGUUACAUUCAUAGCACUUCAUUUAUCAUAGAUACAUUUUGGAAAACCCAUUUACAAGAAAGAAAUGCCAUAAAGAUGUACCUUACUGUCUGUGGUAGAUAUAUUCCUAAAAAUAUCUGUACCAAUAAGUUCUACAUUAACCUCAGUAGGAAAACUGGCUUAUGUAAAACGAUGUUUUUUUUGUAAAACGAUGAAUUAUUUUUCAAAGUGAUAGAAUCAUCCUCAAAAUGUAACUGUUUCAUAAGUUGGAUAUUUGUAUAUCAAAUUUUCUUAAAUUAGAUAUUUUAUUUACUGGCUGGCAAUUAAAUUCUGCAAAAGCAUACUCACUUUCUUGCCUUGACCCGGAUAGCAACUUGACACACUUUACUAAUUAAAUACACAAGCCCAAACAAUGACAUUUCUUAGUUAACUAUUGGGAGGGUAAAGGAAGAAACUGAUGAAGAUUUAAGGAUAGGAAAUUUAUCAUAUUAUUCUCAAAGAAGCAGUCAAUUUUCCAGCCAAGGUGGAAGGAAUAUAGGUAACAAGUGAUAUGAAAAUGCAUGCCCCUAAUAUUCAAUAAUUCUGGGGAUUAGAUGCAUGAAUGCUUGUCCAGUCCCCCGGGGAUUACUGAUGAGCACACAUCAAGGACUGAAAUCUGCCCCUUCUUAGUUCAUGCGUGUGUUGUGUUUGAAGUAGAACCUUCAACAGUUGACACAAUUGCCAGUUUAAACGGGUUAGACAUUACCCCUGAAAAUCGGCCUAGCAAAAACCAUGGGUGUCUGCAAAUAUGUUUACAAUGACUCAAAUGUUUAAAAAUCCAAAUUUAUGAAUAGGUUUCACAAUUUUGAAAAUUCUUUCUGCAGUUUGGCCUUACUUAAUUCUUUUCUUAAUUUUCCAAACUUCAGACCUCCCAGUGUAAGCACAGAAUUUAGAAAUUUAGUAUCUCUGGCAGUUUCUUAAAUUCAACUUCAAAUAUACUAUUCCAAUUAUUUCAAAAUGUUACAAGGCAUUUUGUUUACACAGUGUUACCACAUGACUUUUAAAAAUGUUUUAGAACCAUAUUAAAUAAGUUUGCCAUAGAUAAUGGGAGAAACUAGGGCUCAGGGCACCCCUGCAAUUAUCCCCAUUUACCCAGCUGCCCAGUGGUUGCGUUAAAGCUUAAAGAAAGAAACUCGGAUGAGCCAUCAGGUCAUAAGUGACUUGGAUGAUGAGUUUUUAUUUCUGUGGAAUUUUGUUUUCUUUACCAUCUCCUGCAGUAUCUAAUACUUAUAGUUGUUCAAACUUUUCACACAAAAAUUCAGAAUUAAUAUAUUACCUGCAUUUCCUACAAAAUGGUGUUCACAGAUUUUUUUUAAGAGCUAGUUCUUCAAUGUUUUCUAAAUACACUGUUCCUCGUUUUUGCUUUAGCUGUACCUUUGUAAUAAUUCUAUAUGCACAGUGGUAAUAAUUAUAGGUAUUAAAUAAUAUUAAGCCUUUUCAACUGAAAAAUGAUAGAGCUGAGAAAUAUGAAGCUGAACCAAGACUGAGGCCACGGGCCCAGGGCCAGGCAAUGCCGCGCUCUCCCCGAGCUGUCUCUGCCAAGGAAAUUCAUCCAAAGCCAUCAGUGUGUUCCAGAGCUGCACUGUCUGUCCAGUACGUUAUGUGCACUGACUUCCUUUCAGGCAUCCGUGUACUUAGGCUUCAUUCACUCUCAGGAAUAACUCACUGGGUUGCUUCAGCAUUCAGAAUGCAAAACGCCCUGGUGGUCUGGGGAAAGGCAGAAAGCUGCUGACUUUUCAUAGCUGCUGUGGAGUGACUGCAAAUCGGGCAUUUCAUUCAUUUAAAGGCCUGAUAUUAGAAACUUCUGGCUGAAACUGUUCCAUCUAGCUCUAAAAUACUGAAGCUUGCUACAUCAUCUUUCUAUGGCUAGAAG